AUGGCGAGUAGCAGCGAUCCGUUCGGGUCAACCGGGCCACCGGCGUCCCCGCCGCGCCCCGCUGGCGGGCUGCUGCAGCGCAUCCUCACGCACCACUCCCGCACCACGUCGGCGAAGGACGAAGCCGCGCUGCAGCAGAGCCCCACCAACGCGGUCUCGACGGAUGACGCCUCCGCGUUUGACGUGAGCGGGGGCCGUCUUUCCAAGACGUUUUCCUCCGGCUUCUUUCAGCACAAGCCCGUCAACGGGGCGAGGCUGCUGCAGCGCUUCAAGCAGAUGUUGACCCCCUCACACGGCGGCCAGGGGACGCCGGACGAGGAGGCGACGCGACACGAGCCGUACCAAGACAGCUGCUCCGACGCGGCGCAGGUGGAGGAGCUGGAGGCGGCGGCGGCGGCGGCGGCGGCGGCGGGCGGCAGCAGCGACAUCUUCAACGACAUCACAGGCGGGAUGGAUGACGCCGCAGCGGCAGCAGCAGCAGCAGCAGCAGCAGCAGCGGCGGCGGAGGCGGAGAGCGGCGCUGAGGAGUACUACUACUACCAGUACACAACCGCGGACGGCGAGGUCUACGAGGUCGACCCCGCCGUGCUGGAGCGCGAGGCGGCGCAGCAGCCGCAGGGCGCCGAGGCCCACACCACGCAGCACAACGAUGAGGCGGGGGCGGGCGCCGAGGAGCACCUCGGCGACCAGGUGCGCCUGAAGGGGAAGGUAGCCAAGGCCCUCGCCAGCGAGGAGGCGAAGGCGCGGAGAGAGCUGCAGGAUGACUGCAUGAUCGUCCUGACAGACAUUGGCCGCACGUACAAGGGUCUGGCGCGCGUCGCCGCGGCCGAGGCGAGGGGGUUGAAGGCGCUGCGGCACGCCAUGAAGCAGCUGGAGAAGGAGGCGGUGAAGGCGGCGGGGGCGGUGGAGGCCGAGUGGAAGAAGGAGCACGGCGAGCUGCGGCGCCAGCUCCGUGCCGGGGCGGAGUCAGUGCGGCGGCACUGCAAGCGGGCGGAGCAUUUCUCCUUCAGCUGA